GAUGAUAUAUAAUCAAUAUUAGAAAACUCUAUCCCAACCUCGUCAUACUAAAUGUUCUAAGUGCGUAAGCAGGAAAGCACAAGUGUACCCACAGAGUAAUCCUACCUAGUAAAUGUGAUGUACCUAUUGUGAUGUGAAUUGAAUUGAAGUUUUGUUCCGUGCUUGGACUGUAUAAUUAAUAAUUUGAUAAGAUAUUGUUAGGAAACGGUAUUUGAAUAGUGAUAAUUAUCACACAUCACAAUGGGCUAAGACAAUAGCAAAUAUAAGUUAUUGUUUAUACGUGUCGUGGUUUAGUUUUGGAAACAUCAGAAUGGAACAUUUUGGAUUAUCACACAUAUUAUACGAGCCAGAUAAAUAUAAUCCAGACACCUUAGACUUGUUAAUUGAUGAAGAAGCAAGAGAAUACUGGCUUAACACUUGCGAGAAACUAUGCGAAAAAUACGUAAAUUUUGCGCUUGUCAAUAAUAACGACCCCACCGUCGAAAUACGAGCUCUUAAAUUUAAAACUUGCUAUAUAGAAGCUCUUAAAGAACUUAGGAUAAAUCCGCUUGCUCAUGGGCAGUUGACAAUACGAUUACUUCUUGACGUCAACGAAACAUGCCUUCGUUCUCAGGGAUUCUUUGACUUAUGGAAACAACAGAAGAAAUUUGAAAAUGAUGCUGCCCUGACAUCUCUAGCCAGUAGAUUAGCAGAAAUUGAUGCAAUGCCUGAUGAUCGUCAACGCUGGAUUGAACUCUGCAGAGGAGUAUUAGCUGGAAACAUGUUCGAUUGGGGGGCACAGGCAGUGACUACUAUACUAGACUGUGGAUUAUACGAGGCAUUAGAAAAAAUUCAAAAAAGGCCAUGGCUGUUUGAUGGUUUAGACAAAUGGAUCGACAAAUUAGAGAAAACAGUUCAUCACUGUGCAGCUGUAUUUGUUGACAACAGUGGUGUAGACAUAGUUCUCGGUAUAUUGCCAUUUGUACGAGCUCUGUUGCUUAGGGGCACGUCUGUUAUACUUUGUGCCAAUGAGUGGCCAGCUCUCAAUGAUGUCACUAAUGUCGAGCUUGAAGAGAUUCUGCAACAUGCUUCUCGUAUUUGUCCUGUAUUGGCAGCAGCUUUAACAACUGGAGAUUUAGUUGUAAGAUCAAGUGGCCAAAGAGGUCCCUGCCUUGAUCUCAGAACAAUUAGUGUCUAUGUACAGAGAUGAAACGCCGUGGAGUGGACCUGAUUGUAAUGGAAGGUAUGGGCAGGGCCAUACAUACAAACCUAAAUGCGCGUCUUGCCGUAGAUUCACUGAAGUUAGCAGUAGUCAAAAAUGCAUGGUUAGCACAGCGACUUGGAGGACCACUGUUUUCUGUAAUAUUUAUUUAUGAAGACAAACCAUUACAAAUCUAACAGUGUUAUGAUUUAUAACAAGAUGUGACUGUCCUAUAAUAGUAUUCAUUUUAGAUUUUGUAAGUUAUUGAUCUUCUACACUAUAACUAUGUUUCUUUGAUUAUGCAUUCAUAUUUUAGAAUGCUUCAACUGUAUGUUGACAGUCUUUCGACCAUUUCCGGAAUAUAUUGAGUGUUAUCCUGA